AUGGAAGGGCAGGAAGCUGAACGCUUCACUGCUGAGGGUCAGAAAUCCAAACACCUUUCCCACGCUGAACAUGAUGCCACAGAGGCAAAAUCUCUCGGUAUUCCAGGACAGACUGGGAGGAAUGACCAGGGAACAAGUUAUAUGGGUGGAGCAGGAAACUAUCUGGGAGCCAGCCUGGGGGCCGGGGGCUACGGAGCAGGUUUAGGACAGGGAGCAUACCUGGGGGGUGCAGCUGGCAAACUUGGAGCUGCUGCUGCUCUCGGACAAGGCUAUGGUGAGGGAGCAACAGGAUACCUGGGUCCCAUGGCAGGCAAUGGCCACGCAGGUUAUGGCAAUGGUUACGGCGAUGGUCUUGGGGCUGCCCUCGGUACUGGAGGCUAUGCUGGACAAGUCCAGGGAGGAUAUGGUGACGGUGGCUACCCGUAUCCUGCUCAGCAGCUCAACCUCGGUGCUGAAGGUGCUAAAACUGCCAACAAAUAUGGAGCUGCUGCAGGAUAUGGACCUCAGCAAACAGGAUUUGGUGCACAGCUAGGAGCAACUCAAGAUGUCUUGGGAGAGCAAGCUGGCAAAUAUGACAGAGGGAACGCUGCCCUUGGAAAUGUAUACAAAGGCUAAUUCAAAUAACCUGCGCUUCUUAAAGUGGACCAUUUACAUAAUGUCUUCAGUUACAUGUGUUUGUAAAGCUUUCUGUGUGUUUCUCUUCAUCUGUCCUGUUGUGUUGUCUGUUUUGUCUUUUGCUUUAUUUUUCAUAACCUCCUUUGUCUUCUUCUGUAAGUGUAAUGUGUUACCUGUUUGUCUUGUUGGUCCUGAACAUGCAGUGACCCACCAGUCUUAUUCUGUCAACACUGAAUAAAAUAUGUGGUGAUUGAUGAACAAGC